GUCAAACAUCCCGGCCGUUUGGAGUACCUGAACCUGAGCUGCACACACACUCACACACACUCACACACACUCACACACACACUCACACUCACACACUCCUGACUAAUGCUGCUGCUGGAUGGACCGACGGCGCUCACAUCAACUCCUCCAGCUGUGCACAUAUGAGAUCGACCUGCACCAGCAGACAUGCAUUUCUACUACGUGGGCGACCACACGUGGGCCACCAUGUUGGGGCAGAGCGUCCGGCUGCAGCCGGUUCCCAUCCAGAGCCUGUCGGAGCUGGAGCGAGCCCGGCUACAGGACGUGGCCUUGUACCACCUGGAGGAGAGAGACCUGGACUUCAAGAUCAGCAUCCCCAGAGAAAUACGCAAACGGAGAAAAUCUCUGCGCAGGAAGUUUGACUCCUUCUCAAAGGAAAAGAAAGAGCGAGAGUCCGCCCCCAAGGCCUUUGGCAUCCCGCUGUCCCAGGUCAUCGCCAACGACCGGGCCUACAAGCGGCGGCAGGACGCCCUGAAGGAGAGCCGGCGCGACUGCCUGGAGCUGGAGGCCAGCAUCCUGCGCUUCCGGGCCGAGAAGAGGCAGUUCUUCAACGGGAGCAAACCUCUGGGCAGCUCCUCGUCCAUCACGGGGGGAGGCCCGGCUUCGCCGUCCGCCAACUCGGUGGCGCCGGCGCCGCUGGUCGACGCCCAGAACAAACCGAUGUCGCCCACGUUCCUGGACAACACCGGCAGAGGACAGAGGAGGGGCGGUCUGUCCGUGGACUCCAUCUCCGACCUGGUGGAGAGCCAGUCCCGCCUGCUGGAGGCGCUGCAGCUCUCCCACCCGGCCGAGCUGGAGCUGAAGAAGUCUGCGGGCGGCGGCUCGUCGGAGGGCCGGACCCAGACCAAGCUGAGCCUGAACCCCAUCUACAGGCAGGUGCCCCGGGUGCUGGAGAGGUGCUGCAGCCACAUCGAGACCCACGGUCUUCAGACUGUCGGCAUCUUCAGAGUCGGGAGCUCCAAGAAGAGAGUGCGACAGCUGAGGGACGACUUCGACAUGGGCGUGGACGUCCAGCUGGACGAGGAGCACAGCGUCCACGACGUGGCGGCGCUGCUCAAAGAGUUCCUGAGGGACAUGCCUGAUCCUCUGCUGCCCAGAGAGCUGUACCCGGCCUUCCUGCACGCCAACCUGCUGCGAGGCGCCGACCAGCUGCAGUACCUGCAGCACCUCCUCUACCUGCUGCCUCCCUGCAACUGCGACACACUGCUGCGCCUCCUCACCUUGUUGCACACGGUGCAGGGCUUCGCUCAGGACUCCAUCGGGACCAACGACGAGGAGAUUACCGGCAACAAGAUGACUUCCGCCAACUUGGCCGUGAUCUUCGGGCCGAACCUGCUGCAGAGGGAGCGAGGAGGAGACGUGAGUCCUCAGGCGAUGGGCAUCGAGGACAGCACAGCCAUCAUCAGCGUCACGCUGGUGCUCAUCCAGAACCACAAGAGGCUCUUCACCGUGUCUGCGGAGCUGCAGCAGGAGGUUCUGAUGAGCCUGAUCCAGACCGACCCGGACAUCAUCGACUACCUGCUGCGGAGGAAACUCAGCGGCAGCCACCUGACAGUGGAGGGCAGCGGCGAGUCGGGCGGCCGCAGGGACACCGGGGCGUCUCUGGACUCGGUGGGAGCCUCCAGCGGGAGUCUGUCGCCGCUGGAGCCGCCGUCACCGCUGUUCCCUCCGGACGGCAGCGGCGGUGAAGGCAGCCUGACCAGCGAGGUGUUUCUCAACGUCCUCAAGCUGAACCAGAACAGGAAGCGGCAGGACUCCAGAUACGGUACUGACGAGUUGUCUGUGCAGCUACAUGUUGUGAUGUGA